AUGCAUGAAGUGAUGAACUUUUUCCAUCCAAAUCAAGAGUUUUUUGGAGAUUUAUCGGGUACACAUUAUAUAGGUCAUAUAAAUUCUAACAAUCCGAUUAAUCAACAUUACAAGACUCAGCAUGGUUAUCUCAGUCUGAUGACUGUACUCUGUAAGGUACAACUGGUCAAAAUCAGUCGGUUAACCGGUUGGUCGCAACCUUUGACGACUGGACUAAAGAUGGUGGUCAAUGAUCCUGGGGACCGACGUCUCUCCCCAUCAUUAUGUAAUUAUGCAUCAGAUUUAUUAUAUAGAGAAAUAAAAGAAAUGAAAAUGAAUCAAGCUUACCGUAAUGGUCCUAUCGAAAGAACUAAGACUACCUAUAUAAGGUUUAGUAUUCUAAUAUUUAAGACCAAAAUGUAG